CCCGAACGCUUGGGGUUUGGAAAAGGGUUUUACAUUUUAUUCGUUCUCCGGUGAGAAACAGAAACACACAGAAGACAGAGUGAGACGCUUCUCACGAUGGAGGGAGGAGUAUCCUACGCGCGCAUGCCUCGGGUCAAAAUCCGCGAGCUGAAGGACGACUACGCCAAGUUCGAGCUCCGCGACACCGACGCGAGCAUCGCCAACGCGCUGCGGCGCGUGAUGAUCGCGGAGGUGCCGACGGUCGCCAUCGACCUCGUGGAGAUCGAGGUCAACUCCUCGGUGCUCAAUGACGAGUUUAUCGCUCACAGGCUGGGCCUCAUCCCCCUCACUAGCGAGCGCGCCAUGUCCAUGCGCUUCUCACGUGACUGCGACGCGUGCGACGGUGACGGACAGUGCGAGUUUUGCUCCGUCGAGUUUCAUCUUAGGGUUAAGUGCAUGACUGAUCAGACCCUCGAUGUUACGAGCAAGGACCUCUACAGUUCUGACCCUACUGUCAGUCCCGUUGAUUUCUCUGACCCCUCUGCCACUGACUCCGACAACAACAGGGGGAUUAUCAUUGUGAAGUUGCGGCGCGGACAAGAGCUGAAGCUGAGAGCGAUAGCUAGGAAGGGGAUUGGGAAGGAUCAUGCUAAAUGGUCACCUGCUGCAACUGUCACUUUCAUGUAUGAACCGGAGAUUCAUAUAAAUGAGGAUUUGAUGGAAACCUUGACUCUGGAAGAGAAAAGAGAAUGGGUUGACAGUAGUCCAACCCGUGUCUUUGAAAUUGAUCCAGUGACACAACAGGUGAUGGUGGUUGAUGCUGAGGCAUACACAUAUGAUGAUGAGGUGCUUAAGAAAGCAGAAGCUAUGGGCAAGCCUGGGCUUGUAGAAAUCAUUGCGAGGCAGGAUAGCUUCAUAUUCACUGUGGAGUCUACUGGAGCAGUUAAAGCUUCUCAAUUGGUUCUAAAUGCCAUAGAAAUUCUCAAGCAGAAGCUGGAUGCUGUGAGGCUAUCUGAAGAUACAGUGGAGGCUGAUGAUCAGUUUGGCGAGCUUGGUGCACAUAUGCGAGGAGGUUGAUUAAUUUGUUAGAAGGAUAUCAGACUUGUUUCCCACAACUUGUUUCCCGGAACUUGUUUCUUACUUGUCUUUAACUGAAUACCUGCAGAACGUAUUAACUUGUUGAGCCAAGGAUGCUAAUUAGUAAUUACUGUGAUUACCAUUUGAAGAUAGAUAGUUAUCUUUCACAUUUUAUUUUA